UUGUUUUUUUUGUAUCAGGUGUAACAUUGUACCAUGUAGCUACUGGACAGCUUCCUUUUCGACCAUACGGAGGCCGUCGAAAUAAAGAAACCAUGUACCACAUCACAACAGAAAAGGAGCCUGGUGUUAUAUCUGGGGUACAGACAUCAGAAAACGGACCAAUUGAAUGGUGUACAGAGCUCCCUGAAACGUGCCAGCUUAGUUUGGGGCUUAGGAAGCUGGUUACGCCUUUGUUAGCUGGUCUUUUAGAAGUGGAUCCACAAAGGAUGUGGAACUUUGAAAGAUUUUUCCAGGAAGUCACCAUGAUCCUUAGUAGGAAAGUAGCACAUGUUUUCUAUGUGAACCGAGUUCAGCCACUUACAAUAUAUAUGGAUCCGAAACACAGAUAUGAGGAACUGCAGUACUUAAUUUGUGAGCAAACAGAUAUGAAUCCAGCCAAUCAACUUAUUCUCUAUGAUAAUAAGCACUUAUAUGAUUUAGUAGACUCUGAGCAACCAGCAUCUUCAUAUCCAUCAACCACUCAACGUACACCUUUAGCAUUGUUUUCAAAGCAGGAUGACGACAUAAGUCUUACCCUCCCAGAAACACCAGCUGCAAAAUUUGGAAGUUUCCCAGCUUUGGUGAGUGUAGAGCAUGAUGCUGCAGUUGGAAAGUCCAUGUGCUCAGCUGGUCAUGCCAUCAAGCGCAAGAUAGAUUAUUUUUCAAAAUGUGUUCAUUUGACAGAAUACAGUGUUGUUAUGUUUAUAGAAGUGAUGAUCCAAGAACUCACAAAGUUGCAAAAUCGUAUGGGCCAUGUUCAGUCCCUCACAUCUGCAGUUAGCGACCGUUUUAGUCAGUUGGUUGCAAACCAUCGAAGAUUUCUCAUGCUUACCCAGAUGUGUGGUGGUAACCAGGAAUCUACCACUCAGCCACUUCGUGAACGUCUAGAAGAUCUAGUUAAUAAUAAAGUAGAUGCUGAGAAAUCUGAGCCUUCCACACAACAACAGGCCAUUGACAGACUAGAAGAACUGGUGAAUGUGACAGCUGAGAGUGACAAGGUGGUCCGAGAUUCCUUGUGUAGCAUAGUACCUGUUGUGAAUCAACUUCAUGAGAGAGUAGUUAGCGGAAGACAGUUGAGCCGACAGUGGCAGCAGGGAGGGAAUGAUGUAAAUGCUGUAGAAAGAGCCCCUAACAAAGCUGCAACCUAUGUUACCAAACUCAGGGAGUCAUGGCAACAUUUACUGAGAGAUAGAGCAGCCAGAACCCUUACCUUUAAUGAUGAGCAGUUUCAUUUGCUAGAAAAGAUGAAGAUGAAAGAAACAGCUAAGUGUUUAGAAACUUUGCUUGCUGCUGUAACAGCUACUUUGCACCAUACAACGGAUACCCUUGCUGAUUGGUGCAAGGUAGCAAAAGUUCAGCGGGUGCAGUUAGAAAUUGAAGAAACUGAUGUACAAAAACAUGAAGCACUCCUCAUAUCCUUCCAAGCCACUUUAAGUGAUACAGAAGAGAGAUACCAUCAAACUCUUUCAGAGUUACUUGCAGCUAUUAAGGAUAAGAAAUUACAGGAUGAUCCAAUAUUGCAGGCAGAGAUGCAAGAUUCUGGUAAAAACAAACAGAAUGAACAGGGAGAUAGUACAAAACAUAAAGAUAGUCAGAAGUCAAAGAAAGAAGACAUAAACAAAGCUAAAGUUAAACUGUCGUUGCAGGAGAUGUGUGAAGCUCAGGAACAUGUAAUGAAAUUGCUUGAGGAGAAUGGUAAAAUCAUCAAAAGCUUCCAAAGGCUGGCAGUACUUUCAGAUUCUGCUACUACCAGUGGAAAGUAGUGCUGCUUUAAUUUAUAUUUUGUAUAGCAUUUAACCAUGAAUUCUCAUAUAGUCAUCUAUUUCCACAAUUUUAAGUCAUAAACUAAAAAUGUGAUUUAUAUAUACUGUUGUAGAGGAUAUUUUUUAAUACUAUGUUGAUUGUGAUGUUUUCAUUGCAUUGAAGUUUUGAAUAGUUAAUGUUAAAGAUAUAUACUGUACAUGCAUUUAUAAAUAAAUGAUAUCUUUUA